GUAGAGUCCAGCUCGCCAGCCUAUAUAAGGUCCACUAGUCGCCAUCCCCUUUUCCUCAAAUUCACCAUGUCCUCUUCCUCAAGCACGUCCCUCAUCGCCCUCCCUCCUGCCAGUAUCACACUAGCUUUCGGAGGCCUCACCACCGCCUACGUCUUUUUCAGUGGCCUUGCCGAUGAGACCUGGGGCACCGUACCCCUCCUCAAUGGCCGCUUGGGGUCUAUCCCCAUUGACGACAAGACCCGCGUCAAAGCUUGGAAUGCCUACUACGACAGGGCUCAUGUAGGCUUCAUCGGAGCAUCAGUCGCUUCUAUGGUCCUGAACUUUACCUCAUCUUACAUCCACCCAUCUCCCAUCAUCUCCAAGCUCGCUCUGAUCUCUGGGAUCACUUCCAUCCUCGUCGUGCCUGCUACUUUUGCUCUCGGCUUGAUGCCUAUCAACAAGAGGCUGUUUGCGCUCAAUGAUGGGGCGGAGCCGGUCAAAGAUGGGGAAGGCAAGGAGCUGGUACAGCGCUGGGAGAGCAAGCACUAUUGGAGGUUCCCGAUCUAUGCGGGUGCUUGGGUGUUCAGUUGGGCGGCUAUUGUCUAUGAUGGCAGGGCUUAAUAGGGUAUGGUUCAAUCGUGGUGUGUAAGAGCCGAGCGUAGCUUUUAGUUGUAGGUGUAUGCACAUGCAUGGUAUCAACG